GCCGGCGCCGAGGCAGGCAAUUCCCACAACUUUCCGUUCGCCGACGUCUAUGUGGCUUACCAGGUUAUUCUUCAUAGUGCUAUGGGGAACUAUUACUGCAUUGCUGAUGAAGAAACCUCAAGUUCCGCAAGAAUUCCCAGUAGAUUCUGCCCUUCUAUCCUUCUCACCCUCGAAACAAACUGCCGAUACUACUGCAGUCAUCCUGAACUGGUCUCGGUUUCCCAAUGUUGUCCGAAUAGUGUCUCUCCUCUGUCUCCCCGAAUUAGAGAACACACUUGCAAGUAUACACAUAUGGAACAAUAGUCCGAACAGAAUCUUGAAAGAAGAUUUCGCUGAAUGUCCACCAGAUCGUCUCCAGAUCACCAACUCACCCUCCAAUCUCUAUUUCCAAGCAAGGUUCCUUGCUUGUGCAGAAGCCACCACACCAUUUUGCUUCAUACAGGAUGAUGAUUACCUUGUUUUACCGGAAAUUAUACAAACCCUACAUUCGCGUUUUUCGAACGACUCUGUGUCAACCAUUUAUCUUUCGCCUCCUCAUGAGGUUAUGUCAACUAUUCUGAAGAGGAUACACGUGAAAUCCAAAAUUCACACUUCAUUUGCGUGGCUGGGAUACGGUGCGAUCAUGAGACGAACACAGGCGCGAGAUUUCUUGGCACUCAUGCAAUACCUCAAUGCCUCUGAGGAUGAGAUGAAGAUGGCUGAUAAUUACUAUGCUCUAUUAGCAAAUGUCUAUCCAGAGGUUUGGUUCGAUCAAGGCAUCGAACUUGGUGGUGGACAAGCUUUCACGCAGGGUGCAGAAGGAGAUGAACGAAACAACAAACAUAUUGCGCAAGCAGCAAAAUACCUUGAUGAAAUCAUUAAUUGCACCUCAACUCUAUGCAUCCGCCAACUUGUUCCUUUCACGUCCUUGGAUGAUCAAAUGUUAUCCUCGGUGUAUAGAGCCCCCUGUGUCGGUUCACAAUGUUUACUGGAAACUAACAUUUCGUUACUCCCCUCUACCCAAAUCGAUGUCGAUUCUGCAAAUCAGAUUUUAGAGAUCGAAAAGAUCAAUCGCAACUCAUUCAAAUCAAACGACACGAAAGACUUCCUUCUGCAUCCUCCGUCUCAUGCUGUAGACGGAAAUCCUCAAACUGGGUUCUGCAUACCGAAAGGCGUCAGGAAAGGGGACACAAUUGAAAUAGAUCUCCUUGGCGCUGUAGCAAAGAGUGGGCAGGCUGAAGUCGUGUUUCUCGUCGACCGUGACGUUCGAUCAAUCCUAAUCGCUGCGGCGACACUACAAUUCCGUGGCAAUGAUGAAUGGUUCGAGUCAAGUAUAUCUUUUACAUGUGUCUCAAAAGAAGAUGAUUUGCACGAAUGCAGCGCUUCAACACCAUUAACACGUUUCUCGGCCUUUCGAAUAUUUUUCCAGAGAGCUGUCGAGCGAAGAGGAUGCUUACAAGAGAUAUGGAUGAGAGAGCGGUAGGUUUCAACGUUCUAGUUCCUGGCCGUAGUAGUACUAUGUCUGCAGCAGUGACAAAAACAAUCGUCUGUCCUGUAAUUACGUCA